AUUGUGAAGCCCAAUACAUGGCUGUCCCAAACGGUCCGUCCAUACCAGCGAAACAUCCAGCAACGACACCAGAAGUCGCUGCUAGCCGGAAUUUCAUGCUGGAUUUCGCCGUCGCGUGGGGCCGAACUGAUGAGGAAGGAGACGACUCUGACAUGUUCUGCAACGCUUCCCUCCCGUCAUCAUCCUCAGUUUCGCCCGCUUUUGUUCAAAAGUAAACUAAAUCAGGGAAGAUGAAAUCAUUACAGGUCGUUGUAGCUUUGGACUCUUCAGAAUCAGCUGGCGGACGGUAUCAGGAAAUGGCUUUUUUGAUGAAUAUGCUGCCGAUUUUCCGAUUCCAUGUUUUCUUCACUCUCUAUCAGGGUUUCGAGCUAUUUAUAACCGCUGGUGGCACUUGCUUUGUUCAUAUCUUCUCGCCAUUCAAGAAUUACUUUAACAGGAGGUGGAGGGUGAUAGUGGAUUGCUUAAAGUGUUCAGGGCUAUUCUUCCAUUUAGAUAAAGAUUUCUCUUUUGACAACUCUUCAUACUUGGCUAGCCCCUCUACUCUCUUCAAGAUGAACAAUCCUCAGCAUGGUCAAAAUGAAGAACAUGAACCAAUUAUCUCAGGAUUCGAAACCCCGCCAUUGUUGGAAUAAAGGACUUUAUGAGUAUUAUAUUUGGGUGAUUGUGUAUGGAAGAGAGGAUUUUAGAGAGAGAUGAUUAUGGGAGAACUUGGAACUUUUAUUGAUUUGGAGCUUUUGACUUGUAUUACAAAUGAGUGAGGAGUGCUCUAUUUAUAGGUCUCAUAGGAUCCUUCUAGGCACUCCUAUUUCCUUAAGAUUCUACAAUAUUCCAUAGAAUUCUAGCUUAGGAACAUUCUAGAAUUAUUUAAUAAGUACAUUAACUAAAGACUACUCUAGAUCUUUCUUUACUAACUCUAACUUAUGGGUUAACUAAUUUAUUAUUUCUCAUACAACUACUAGCCCAAUAAGUUAACUUCUAAUGGACCCAAUGGGAAUUUUGUUACAAUGUCCAGUUAUGACAAUGUCUAUAACAUAAAAGAAGAUGAAGAGUGGGGGCUCCCGGCUGAGGCUCCUCCAUAUCUUUUGGAACCUAUGACCGUCAGGAGAUUAACCACUGGUCAAGAGACACCUGACCAGACCCCCAAUCGUGUGGUCUUGAACCAUCUCUGCACCAAUGUGUAUGACAGGAAGUUUUCAUGGGAAAAGGUGGGAGUGGCAACAACUCGCCGCGUUGGCUCAAAAUACGUGACCGAUGUUCUUUACAAACCGCCUCCUCAGAAGGGAAAUGGGAGCCCCAGCUGCACCAGAGAUGCUCAAGUGUAAUAGUUUUUUAUAUUUACAUAUUUACUUAUAACAAAACUUGCUGUGAAAUGUUUGUGGUGUAACCUUAAUUUCAUAGCGUGCAUUAGGGAUAGGGAAUGCUCGGUUUGCAUCUUCCUGGUCAUAACCGUAUGGAAUGAUUGGAAUCUGUAAUGUUCAAAACUCUAAAUAAAUGAACGAUAAUAGUUAUUUGAUAGAGUUGAUUGUCAUAACCGAUGUGCUUUUCA